AUGACACCGUUGCUGAUGAUUAGUAGUCCCCCCCCGGUGCCGCCAGGGGUGGUACAACCCCCGCCAGUGGCUGAAGAACCCCCGCCAGUGGCUGAAGAACCCCCGCCAGUGGCUGAAGAACCCCCGCCAGUGGCUGAAGAACCCCCGCCAGUGGCUGAAGAACCCCCUCCAGUGGCUGAAGAACCCCCGCCAGUGGCUGAAGAACCCCCGCCAGUGGCUGAAGAACCCCCUCCAGUGGCUGAAGAACCCCCUCCAGUGGCUGAAGAACCCCCGCCAGUGGCUGAAGAACCCCCGCCAGUGGCUGAAGAACCCCCGCCAGUGGCUGAAGAACCCCCGCCAGUGGCUGAAGAACCCCCGCCAGUGGCUGAAGAACCCCCGCCAGUGGCUGAAGAACCCCCGCCAGUGGCUGAAGAACCCCCGCCAGUGGCUGAAGAACCCCCGCCAGUGGCUGAAGAACCCCCGCCAGUGGCUGAAGAACCCCCGCCAGUGGGUGAAGAACCCCCGCCAGUGGCUGAAGAACCCCCUCCAGUGGCUGAAGAACCCCCGCCAGUGGCUGAAGAGCCCCCGCCAGUGGCUGAAGAGCCCCCGCCAGUGGCUGAAGAACCCCCGCCAGUGGCUGAAGAACCCCCGCCAGUGGCUGAAGAACCCCCGCCAGUGGCUGAAGAACCCCCGCCAGUGACUGAAGAACCCCCGCCAGUGACUGAAAAACCCCCGCCAGUGGCUGAAGAACCCCUCCAGUGGGUGAAGAACCCCCGCCAGUGGCUGAAGAACCCCCGCCAGUGGCUGAAGAACCCCCGCCAGUGGGUGAAGAACCCCCGCCAGUGGCUGAAGAACCCCCACCAGUGGCUGAAGAACCCCCGCCAGUGGGUGAAGAACCCCGCCAGUGGCUGUAGCACCCCCGCCAGUGGCUGA